GCUGGUCUCUGAGCUCAAGGGAUUCUCCUGCCUCAGCCUCUCAAAGUGCUAGGAUAACAGGUGUGAGCUCCCACGCCGGGCCUGUCACAACCUUCAUCUACUACCCUUUCUGUAUUCCCUAUGAUGCCUUCAACAAGCUCCUCAGGUGGUGCUGGUUCUUUGCCUGGUGGAGUCACCCAAUCAUUCAUUCCUUAAGGGGCUGGACCAUUGUUAGUCCUCCCUGGAUUGGAUUGUAGUUUUCUGUUCUCUCUAAUCACAAAACAUGGUAAUACUGAGAGAUGCCUUAUGAGUUUUCCUGUAUUCCAGCAUAUUCUUCCUUACCUUCAUUGUGGAGUACUAGUCCAAUUUCAUCUUAGUUGUGAGAAUCAGUCACCCCAGCCAGCACAGUAAAUGGGUUCUUUUCUUGCUGAUUUCAAGGCAUAGUGAGUCUAAAAUGGCUCGAGAAGUCUUAACUUCCAGUUCAGUAAAAUUAUUAUUAUUACUAUUGCUGUUUCUAGUUGGAAGUUGUGCUUCUUUUGGUGUGAGAUUGACAAAAAUAAUCAUGAUCUUUUAUAUGUAUAAAUUUAGUCUUCUUUAUAUAAUUCUUCACCUGAUAAAACCUAAAACACUAAUGUAGCUUUUAGUGAAAACUUUUAGUUGACUUUGGUUACAUGUUUAUUAGCAUAUUGUUCACCUUAUAGAUUACUUCAAGAGACAUAUAAAUUUUACUGUUUCUGCCCUUCUGGUCUGAUGAAGUCCACAGCAGUUGAUUUCUGACCAGUUAAUGCAAACUGGGGUUACUUUUGUUCUAAGAAAAUCUAGUAAGUUAAAUCAGUAACACAAGCACGUUUUUGGAUUUAUCCCAGGGUCAAGCAAACCCUUGCUGAAUUAUUCAACCAUUGCUAAACUGGUUAAAUAUAUUGUCAAUGAAAAACAACCCAAAGUCUGUGAAAUAAUUUAAAGUUUUUUUUGAGACAAAUAUGUUUGAACAUGGCACAGAGAGCCAUGCCCAACAAGACUUGAGCAAAUGCUUUCACCAGGGUUGGAUUAUAGUUUUGUUUUAUACAUUUAAGGGAGACAGGAACUAUAUGUAAAGUCAUAAAUCAAUACAUGGAAGGUAUACAGUGGUUUGGCCCAAAAAGGCAGGACAUCUUGAAGUGGGAAAUUACAAGGUUAUGAGUGGGUCAUUACAGGAUAUAAGUGGGUUUAAAGAUUCUUUUAUUUGUAAUUUAUUAAAGAAUUGAAGUUUUGCCUAAAAGCUUGGAAUGUUUUAAGAUAAGGAAAUCUGUUAACCAGAGACAAGCCACUGGACAUAUACAGAGACUCAAAUGAUCUGUUACGUAAAUUGAUGACCUGCAGAACUAUUUAAAUCAUGAACCAAAAAAGACCCCCAGGACAUACUGGAUGCCAUGGGCCCCAGGCUGGCUACCCAGUCCCAUCAACUAGCUACACGAUCCUACCAGCUGUCUAUCCAGUGCCACCAGCUGACUAUUUACAUGCUGGCCCAGCUGUUCAGAACCAGCCAACAUAUACUCAGCCAGGUAGACCUGCAGUGGUACCGUGGGUGCCAGCACCACUACUUCCAUCAAACUGUCCACCUGGAUUGGAAUAUUUAAAUCCGUUAGAUCUGUUACUGAUUCAUCAGAAAAUGGAACUUACAGAAGUCAUAUUCGGUUUUGAAAGCAAUAAUGUGUAUGAAAUCAAGGACAGGUUUGGACAGAGGAUUUACAUUGCAGCAGAAAAUACUAAUUUUUGUAACCGAAGUUGCUGUGGGCCAUCUAGAUCUUUUACUUUGCACGUUCUUGAUAAUAUGGGUCGAGAAGUCAUAACUCUGAAGAGACCACUAAGAUGUUCCAGCUGUUGUUGUCCCUGCUGCCUUCAGGAGAUAGAAAUUCAAGCUCCUCCUGGUGUACCAGUAGGUUAUGUUACUCAGAUCUGGCACCCAUAUCUUCCACAGUUUACAAUUCAAAAUGAGGAAAGAGUGGAUGUACUAAAAAUUACUGGUCCGUGUUUUAUGUUCAGCUGUACUGCAAAUAUUGAUUUUCAGAUUAAAUCUCUGGAUAAACAAACUGUGGUUGGCGGAAUUUCCAAGAACUGGACUGGGAUUUUUAGAGAGGCAUUUACAGAUACUGACAACUUUACAAUACAGUUUCCUAGAGACCUUGAUGUUAGGAUGAAAGCAGUGAUGCUUGGUGCUUGUUUUCUUGUUGACUAUAUGUUUUUUGAAAGCACCAUAGGCAAAGGCUAGAAUAUAGGAAUCUGUGGUUGAACUAAUGGAAUAUUGACUUGAAAGAGGAGAUGAACAACCCAUAAUUUGCCUCAUGCAAAGGAAAAGUGUGCUUGGGAAAUGAGGGAAUGGAAAUGGGACACCCUCUCAUCUUCAGCAAAAUGCCUCCAACAGCCACUCUCCUCAUGGAUUCUGGAUCUCUGGUUAAGCAAAGUAAAACUACAACUGAUCUAAACAGUUCCUUCCUUCUUCAGCUGUCCAAGGAAGAUUUGAGCAGAAACCCAUAUACUCUCUUCAGAGACCAUUUAAGUUCAAAUACUAGACAAAUGUCCUUUCAUUAAAUCUUUUUUUAAUACUUA